AUGACGAUAGCUUCCCUACUAUGCGUUGCGCUGCCAUUUGUGCUCACUGUCGCUGCCGUGCAGUCUGCCUCGUCGUUCGCCGGAUCGUCCGUGUCGGCUGUAUUCCCUCCUCCUGGGGCUACUAUAACUGCCGAUCAGUCGUACUUCCCGGACGCCUCGCAAGUCGGAAAUUCUGGCCCUACUCCAACUGGUGCAGAACCAGAGGCAAUUGCCACUGCACCCGUAGCAGCAGCAAACACCAACAUAUAUCCUCUGAUAGCUCCCCAAACCCCGUACAGCGGCACAGGCACCCCUUUCGAGAUCCCGCCGGGAUGUGAGCUUGAGCAGGUUCACUUACUGCACCGUCAUGGUGCUCGCUACCCGACUUCGGGCUCUGCACCGAGUUCGUUCGCGGCCAAUGUCCAGGCGGCGGUGUCCGGCUCUGGGUUCACUGCUUCUGGCCCGUUGGAGUUCUUGAACACCUGGACUUACAAGCUCGGCGCUGAGGUCCUGACACCCUUCGGCCGGGAGCAGCUCUUCGAGCUUGGCGUAGGCUUCCGAGUCAAAUAUGGUGAGCUGCUCAAUAAAUUCACCGACCUGCCUGUCUUCCGUACGACCUCUGAAUAUAGGAUGGUCGAAAGCGCUCUCAACUUUGCGGCCGGAUUCUUCGGCGUCCCCGAUUAUCAAACAUCCUAUCACCAGGAAAUCAUCGUCGAGAACGAUGGGUUCAACAGCACGCUGUCGCCAUCCCCAUCCUGCCCCAACUCUGUCAACGACGUCGCAGGAGACCUUGGCGGCUAUGCCACAGGCAACUGGACUCAGAGUUACCUCAACGCCACGGUGCCGAGGUUGCAACAGUAUGUCACCGGCCUGAACCUGACCACACACGAUGUCUAUGCAAUGCAAUCGCUUUGCGCCUACGAGACAGUAGCCCUCGGCUACUCGCAAUUCUGUGGGCUCUUCACUGAAGAGGAGUGGAGAGGGUUUGAUUAUUCCUUCGAUCUUGAUUUCUGGUACGGCUCUGGCCCUGGGAACCCGACCUCUGCCGCGCAGGGCAUUGGUUAUGUCCAGGAGCUUGUAGCACGUCUGACGAAGAUCCCACUUACGACGUUUGAUACGUCUACUAAUAGCACGCUUGACGGCAACAACAUCACUUUCCCUCUUGACCAACCCAUAUAUGUUGACGCUAGCCACGAUACAGUGAUCUCCACCAUCAUCACUGCAUUGAACUUCACAACUUUGGCAGCCAACGGUCCUCUUCCAAUCGAUCGUAUUCCUGCCUAUCAGACAUACCGCGUUCAUAACAUCGCGCCGUUUGCGACCAAUCUCGUCGCGCAGGUGCUGUCCUGUUCUGCAUCCUCGGGCGCAGUCAGUAGCACCAGCGCCGCCACCGGCUCAGCAUCGUACAUUCGCUUCCUGCUGAAUGAUGGUGCCGUGCCACUAACUGGCAUCUCUCACUGCGAGGCGCCUGAUCCGAACGGCCUGUGUCUGCUCGACGAUUUUAUCCAGGGCAUGCAGGAACGCAUCGAGGAGGUCGACUUCUAUUACGACUGCUAUGGGAACUACACUGCGCCACCAGUGUCCUCGGACAAAAUCAUUGACGGACGGGUGCCUCAGUAG